AUGGGCGAAGUUUCUGAGUUUGAUGAGUGGGAAGCCAAAACUUAUGCAGGCCUGAUUUCAGGAGAUUUGAAAGUUAAAAAUGGUGAGAGGUACAAGUGCCCCUUCUGUAGCUCUGGCAGAAAGGGAUAUUGCAGUAUAAAUGGCUUGCUUCGGCACGCCUCAAUAGUAGCAGGUGCCUCAACCAACUCUGGAGUGAAGGCAACCCACAGUGCUCUCAUCAAGCAUUUGAACAAUAGCCAUGGUAAAUCAUCUGAGCCACAGUCCCAGCAGGUAGCUGUGGAGCCAAGACUCCCUGAGAACAGAGGUAAGCAGUAUGUCUGGCCAUGGAUGGGUGUCCUAGUUAACGUGCCUACCAAAUGGGAAAAUGGCCAUCGGGUUGGAGCAAGUGCAGCUAGGUUGAAGGAGCAACUAUCAUGUUUUUGCCCGCCAAAGGUCACUGCUUUAUGGAAUGCUAGAGGUCAUACAGGGACUGCAAUUAUUGAAUUCGGAAACGACUGGAGUGGAUUUGAAAAUGCACAGGCCUUUGGAAGGUACUUCAUGGCAGAAGGACAUGGUAAAGCAGAUUGGAAGAAAAAAAAGAAUGACUACUCAGGGAUUUUCGGCUGGGUUGCAAUGGAUGAAGAUUACAUUUUUCAUGGACCAACAGGGGCCCACUUGAGAAAAAGUGGUACCCUGAAAACCAUCAAUGAUUUUGAGAAUGAAAGAGUACGGAAAACAGGUAAACUUGUGUCCCAUUUAUCUAGCCAAGUUGAGGUAAAGGAUAGGCAUUUGAAUGAGCUUGAAUGGGAAUACAAUGGGAUAAUUGAGUCGCUUGACAAGAUGGUCAGGGAAAACGAAAAGCUUAAACUGUCGCAUGAAAAACGUAUUAGUGAGAAGCAGAAGCAAGCUCGCAUGCGUUCACUGGCUAUUAUUGAGAAGAACAAAAAGCUGCGUUCUGAACUGGAGUACUGGACUCCAAGAUAA